AUGGCGUCUGCUCUCACCGUCCUCCUCCUCGAGGGGUCCUACACCAAACCCUCCAUCUCCGUCAGCCCCGGUGGGGUGAUCCCCAUGAGGGGAAACAUCACCAUCCGGUGCUGGCAUCAGCGCCUGGGAAUGAGGAUCCUCCUCUACAAGGAUGGAGCUGGGAACUAUCUGACUUACACAGACCCUGCCGGCUCUGAGGCUGAAUUUCCCAUCACCAGCGCCAGACGGGAACACGGGGGCAGCUACACCUGUCGUUAUAGCAACAGAUCAGUACGAGCUGCCUACUCGGAGCCCAGUGACCCUGUGCAGAUCAUUGUAGCAGAGCCCAGCUACCCCAAACCCAACAUCUCCCUGCACCCCAGUGAGCAGGUCGCCCUGGGGGGAGCCGUGACCAUCCGGUGUGAGUGUCGGUGUCGGGGAGCGAGGUUCCUUCUGAGUAAAGAUGGAGACCUGGACGCACGGCGCUCGAUGGAGCCUGCAGGGGACAUGGCUGAGUUUCCCAUCCGCAACGUGAAUCGGAGAGACGCAGGGAGCUACAGCUGCCAAUAUAGCACCAAGUGGGACCCGCCCGUCUGGUCAGAGCCCAGCGACCCCGUGGAGCUGGUGGUAGCAGGGGGAACUGACCCGACUCAGCCGGGAAAAGCGCCGGCUCCCACCCGCCCAGGCACCGUGGGGCCAGAGCCCAGGAACCCCAAACCCAACAUCUCCCUGCACCCCAGCGAGCGGGUCGCCUUGGGGGGAGCCGUGACCAUCCGGUGUGAGUGUCGGUGUCAGGGAGCGAGGAUCUUUCUGAGUAAAGCUGGAGACCCGGACGCACUGCGCUCGAUGGACCCCGUGGAGGAUGUGGCUGAGUUUCCCAUCCGCAACGUGAGCCGAGGAGAUGCAGGGAGCUACAGCUGCCGAUAUAGCACCAAGUGGGACCCGCCCGUCUGGUUGGAGCCCAGCGACCCCGUGGAGCUGGUGGUAGCAGGGGGAUCAGAACUGCCGGCACCUCUGGAUUUGACCCACACCAUCAUCACCGGGAUGAGUGUGGCGGCCGCUGGCCUCUUCCUCCUUCUCGUGGUCUUUGUCUGCUACAGAAGAACCGGAGGAAGGAAAGGACCAGCCCUGAGACAGAGCAGGCAGUGGGCGGCUGCGCAGGCUCUAGCGUCCCAGCCCCAGGAGCCCAACCCCGGCGCUGAGGAACUCACCUACACUGAGCUGGGCCGCCAGGCCCUGCAGGCCAAGCCGGGGGGCUCGGCCCCUGCCCCCGAGCCUGUCGUUUACGCCACCAUCAACGUGAGCCGGGGGCCCGAUGGGCAAAGCCCCCAGGGUGCAGGUUGCCCUCCACCCGUCUCCGUAACGUGA